AUGGCGCGGGCCGGUGUGGUGGACUUGUCGGACAUGAAGCUCGAACGAGUGCCGCUCGAGCUCGCUGUGACCAAAAGUUGUGAGGGAGAUGCAUCGAAUCUGCCAGUGCGUUGUCUCAUCUUGAAGAACAAUCGUCUGGUGUACCUCCCCUCUUCCUUGUUCGCUUGCAACGCGUCCGUGGACCACGAUUACUUCGGCACGAAGAUGAAAGAUGGAGCCAUCUCGAGAUGCAGCGAUUGCGAGGAAGGACCACUGGGCGGGCUGCGCGUGCUGGACGUGGCCAUCAACCGGCUGUCCACCGUUCCAUCCACCAUCGCCUGCCUGGCGUCGCUCACCGUUCUCAACCUCACCUCCAACAGACUCACCUCUCUGCCUCCCGAAAUAGGGCGGCUAGUGAAUCUAAGGGAUCUGUACCUGUGUGGGAACGAGCUCACGCAGUUGCCCGACCAGAUCGGCUCCUGCCGCGGCCUUCGCCGGCUCUACCUGACCGCCAAUCCGCUGCGCUCGCUCCCGCUGGGCAUGGGGAUCGAGAGACGCGACACAGUCCACAGCGUUGACGUAAUCAACCCUGCGGCUACAGGGAGCCUUCUGGACGAGUUGAUCGUACUCGAGUUGUCGGGCGCGCAGGCCACGCUGACCUUCCCGCCCAAGGCCGUGGUGAAGAGAGGCAUUCAGGCCAUCCUCGCGCAUCUGGCGCAAGCCAGAGCCGAACAGAGCCGAAAGGAGAGCCUAGAGAGGAGGCGCGCGGCCUUCUCGAGCUUGGGCGACGCCGCGGCCACACAGGACAGUUACUCGGCGGCCGAGCGGGAGAAGCAAGCGUGGCGAGAGGGCAAGGCAAGGCAGCGCGAAGAGAUGGCGCACAUGGAGCGCAGCGUGCGACUCGCUGAGGUCCGAAACAGACGGCUCGAUCUGGACAAGGAGCACCUGCAGCGGAAGAUGAUCGAUCUGAUGAUCGACAAGCGCCGCCUGCAGCAGCGGGUGGAGGAGAUGGAGGAACGCACGAGUCGGGAGGAAAUUCGACGGCACUGCGUCGUGUGCAUGGACCACACGCGCAGCCACGUUCUCAUGCCGUGCAGACACUACAUCGUCUGCCAGUACUGCGCCAACAACAUCAGGGUGUGCCCCGUGUGCCGGUCGCCGAUCACAGAGAAGCUGCAGGUCUUCGACGUUUGA